GAGCCUGUGUUUGUUUCCGCAGGAGUGGAACGUCACGUGGAACACCAGCAACCCCGACUUCACCAAGUGCUUUCAGAACACCGUCCUCGUGUGGGUGCCUUGCUCUUACCUCUGGGUCUGCUUCCCCUUCUACUUCCUCUAUCUCUCCCGCCAUGACCGGGGCUACAUUCAGAUGACACAUCUCAACAAAGCCAAAACUGCCUUGGGAUUUUUGCUAUGGAUUGUCUGCUGGGCAGACCUCUUCUACUCUUUCUGGGAAAGAAGUCUGGGCAAGCUCCUGGCCCCAGUGUUUCUGGUCAGCCCAACCCUCUUGGGCGUCACCAUGCUGCUUGCUACCUUUUUAAUUCAGAUCGAGAGAAGGAGGGGAGUCCAAUCCUCAGGGAUCAUGCUAACUUUCUGGCUGGUAGCCCUACUGUGUGCCAUUGCAAUCCUGAGAUCCAAAAUCAUGACUGCCUUAAAAGAGGAUGCUGUGGUCGUCGACAUCUUCCGCAAUGUCACUUUCUACAUUUACUUCGCCCUCGUGCUGAUCCAGCUCGUGCUGUCCUGCUUCUCAGACCGCUCGCCUCUGUUCUCGGAAACCAUCCACGACCCUAAUCCUUGCCCAGAAUCCAGCGCCUCCUUCCUUUCCAGGAUCACCUUCUGGUGGAUCACAGGGUUGAUGGUUCAAGGCUACCGGCAGCCCCUGGAGAUCACUGACCUCUGGUCCCUGAACAAGGAGGACAUGUCAGAACAAGUCGUGCCCGUUUUGGUAAAGAACUGGAAGAAGGAAUGUGCCAAGUCCAGAAAGCAGCCGGUGAGGAUCGUGUACUCCUCCAAGGACCCCGCCAAGCCGAAAGGGGGCUCCAAGGUGGAUGUGAAUGAGGAGGCGGAGGCUUUGAUUGUCAAGUCCCCCCAGAAGGAGCGGGACCCGUCCCUGUUCAAGGUGUUAUACAAGACCUUCGGGCCCUACUUCCUCAUGAGCUUCCUCUUCAAGGCCCUGCAUGACCUGAUGAUGUUUGCCGGCCCUGAGAUCUUAAAGUUGCUCAUCAACUUCGUGAACGACAAGAAGGCCCCGGACUGGCAGGGCUACUUCUUCACAGCGCUGCUGUUCAUCAGCGCCUGCCUGCAGACCCUGGUGCUGCAUCAGUACUUCCACAUCUGCUUCGUCAGCGGCAUGCGCAUCAAGUCCGCUGUCAUCGGGGCCGUCUACCGGAAGGCCCUGGUGAUCACCAAUUCAGCCAGAAAAUCCUCCACCGUUGGGGAGAUCGUCAACCUCAUGUCUGUGGACGCCCAGAGGUUCAUGGACCUGGCCACGUACAUUAACAUGAUCUGGUCAGCCCCUCUGCAAGUCAUCCUUGCCCUCUACCUCCUGUGGCUGAACCUGGGCCCCUCCGUCCUGGCCGGGGUGGCGGUGAUGAUCUUCAUGGUGCCGCUCAACGCCAUGAUGGCCAUGAAGACCAAGACCUACCAGGUGGCCCACAUGAAAAGCAAAGACAAUCGGAUUAAGCUGAUGAAUGAAAUUCUCAACGGGAUCAAAGUGCUGAAGCUUUACGCCUGGGAGCUGGCGUUCAAAGAGAAGGUGCUGGCCAUCAGGCAAGAGGAGCUGAAGGUGCUGAAGAAGUCUGCCUACCUGGCCGCCGUGGGUACCUUCACCUGGGUCUGCACACCGUUCCUGGUGGCCCUGUGUACAUUCGCCGUCUACGUGACCAUUGACAAGAACAACAUCCUGGAUGCCCAGAAAGCCUUCGUGUCCUUGGCCUUGUUCAACAUCCUCCGUUUCCCCCUGAAUAUUCUCCCCAUGGUCAUCAGCAGCAUCGUGCAGGCGAGUGUCUCCCUCAAGCGCCUCAGGAUCUUCCUCUCCCACGAGGAACUGGAGCCUGACAGCAUCCAGCGCCUGCCCAUCAAAGACGUGGGGACCACCAACAGCAUCACUGUGAAGAACGCCACGUUCUCAUGGGCCCGGAGCGACCCUCCCACGCUGCAUGGCAUCACCUUCUCCAUCCCGGAAGGUUCCCUGGUAGCCGUGGUGGGCCAGGUGGGCUGUGGGAAGUCGUCGCUGCUGUCAGCACUCUUGGCCGAGAUGGACAAAGUGGAGGGACACGUGGCAAUCAAGGGCUCAGUGGCCUACGUCCCCCAGCAGGCCUGGAUUCAGAAUGUUUCUCUCCGAGAAAACAUCCUGUUUGGACGCCAGCUCCAGGAACGGUAUUAUAAGGCUGUGAUAGAAGCCUGUGCCCUCCUCCCAGACCUGGAAAUCCUGCCCAGCGGGGACCGGACGGAGAUUGGUGAGAAGGGCGUGAACCUGUCUGGGGGCCAGAAGCAGCGCGUGAGCCUGGCCCGGGCUGUGUACUGCAACUCCGACAUCUACCUCUUCGACGAUCCCCUCUCUGCCGUGGACGCCCAUGUGGGGAAGCACAUCUUUGAAAACGUGGUUGGCCCCAAGGGGAUGCUGAAGAACAAGACGCGGCUCCUGGUCACGCACGGGCUCAGCUACCUGCCACAGGUAGAUGUCAUCAUCGUCAUGAGUGGCGGCAAGAUCUCGGAGAUGGGCUCCUACCAGGAGCUGCUGGCCCGGGACGGCGCCUUCGCCGAGUUUCUGCGCACGUACGCCAGCGCCGAGCAGGAGCAGGGGGAGCCGGAAGACGGCUUAGGGGGCAUCAGCAGUCCAGGGAAGGAGGCGAAGCAGAUGGAGAACGGCGUGCUGGUGACGGAGGCAGCGGGGAAGCACCUGCAGAGACAGUUCAGCAGCUCCUCCUCCUACAGCGGGGACGUCGGCCGGCACCACACCAGCACCGCCGAGCUGCAGAAGCCCGGGGCCCAGGCAGAGGACACCUGGAAGCUGAUGGAGGCAGACAAGGCUCAAACAGGGCAGGUCAAGCUCUCCGUGUACUGGGACUACAUGAAGGCGAUCGGGCUGUUCAUCUCCUUCCUGAGCAUCUUCCUUUUCCUGUGUAACCACGUUGCCGCCCUGGUCUCUAACUAUUGGCUCAGUCUGUGGACGGACGACCCCAUCGUCAACGGGACCCAAGAGCACACGAAAGUCCGACUGAGCGUCUACGGAGCCCUGGGCAUCUCACAAGGGGUGACGGUGUUCGCCUACUCCAUGGCCGUGUCCAUCGGGGGCAUCUUCGCCUCCCGCCGCCUGCACCUGGACCUGCUGCAUAACGUCCUCCGGUCGCCCAUGAGCUUCUUUGAGCGAACGCCCAGCGGGAACCUGGUGAACCGCUUCUCCAAGGAGCUGGACACGGUGGACUCGAUGAUCCCACAGGUCAUCAAGAUGUUCAUGGGCUCCCUGUUCAACGUGGUGGGCGCCUGCAUCAUCAUCCUGCUGGCCACCCCCGUGGCAGCCGUCAUCAUCCCCCCCCUGGGCCUCAUUUACUUCUUUGUCCAGAGGUUCUACGUGGCCUCCUCCCGGCAGCUGAAGCGCCUCGAGUCCGUCAGCCGCUCCCCAGUUUAUUCCCACUUCAACGAGACCUUGCUGGGGGUCAGCGUCAUCCGCGCCUUCGAGGAACAGGAGCGCUUCAUCCGCCAGAGCGACCUAAAGGUGGACGAGAACCAGAAGGCCUAUUACCCCAGCAUCGUGGCCAACAGGUGGCUGGCCGUACGACUGGAGUUUGUGGGCAAUUGCAUCGUCCUGUUUGCUGCCCUGUUCGCCGUAAUCUCCCGGCACAACCUCAGUGCUGGCUUGGUGGGCCUCUCAGUGUCUUACUCACUGCAGAUCACCGCAUACUUGAACUGGCUUGUUCGGAUGUCAUCUGAAAUGGAAACCAACAUUGUGGCUGUGGAGAGACUAAAGGAGUAUUCAGACACCGAGAAGGAGGCUCCCUGGCGAAUCCCGGAGGUGGCUCCGCCCAGCACCUGGCCCCAGGUGGGCCGAGUGGAAUUCCGGGACUACGGCCUGCGUUACCGAGACGACCUGGACCUGGUUCUCAAGCACAUCAAUGUCACCAUCGAUGGAGGGGAAAAGGUUGGCAUCGUGGGGCGGACGGGAGCCGGGAAGUCAUCCCUGACCCUGGGCUUGUUUCGGAUCAAUGAGUCGGCCGAGGGGGAGAUCGUCAUUGAUGACGUCAACAUCGCCCAGAUCGGCCUGCACGACCUCCGCUUCAAGAUCACCAUCAUCCCACAGGAUCCAGUUUUGUUUUCAGGUUCCCUCCGCAUGAACCUGGACCCGUUCAGCCAGUACUCAGAGGAAGAGGUCUGGACGUCCCUGGAGCUGGCCCACCUCAAGGGCUUCGUGUCCGCCCUUCCCGAUAAGCUGAACCACGAGUGCGCGGAAGGCGGGGAGAACCUGAGCGUUGGGCAACGUCAGCUCGUGUGCCUGGCCCGGGCCCUGCUGAGGAAGACGAAGAUCCUUGUGUUGGAUGAGGCCACAGCGGCCGUGGACCUGGAAACGGACGACCUCAUUCAGUCCACCAUCCGGACGCAGUUCCAUGACUGCACCGUCCUCACCAUCGCCCACCGGCUCAACACCAUCAUGGACUACACCAGGGUGAUCGUCCUGGACAAAGGGGAGAUCCGGGAGCACGGCUCCCCCUCUGAGCUCCUGCAGCAGCGAGGUCUCUUCUACGGCAUGGCCAAAGAUGCCGGCUUGGUGUGAGCCCGGAGCGGGUGCAGCUGGUCAGAACUGCGGGGCCGACGUGCCCGCAGCCAGGGAUGAAUCAGCCCCCUUGGGAACCCAAGGCUCUCGUAGACUGAAACCAAAAAAAAAACAAAAACAAACCUAAACCAAAACACACACACACACAGAUACACACAGCAGCCACCCUCUGGCCCCCCCGGCUGGCAUGGGCCGUGAAGAAACAGGAGCAACACAGAGACGUGGUCCCCGCAAGACACGCACACCCUGGCCUCUUGCCCCCAUAGAUGCACAUGUGUUCUCACACCACUGGGGGGCAUGUGUGCCUGCAGCGCCCCGUGGGAGCUUAGGGCUGCCAGAAUUCCAGAGAAACCAGUUGUGUCCAGUAUGCUAGUGACCAGAUCCCGCCCAUGGCCUCACUUCUUUCCUGCCGACGGCUGUGGGUCCCAGGCUUUCGAGAAGCUCCCUGGUCCCCAGCCCCUCUCCGUCCUUGUCUGGCGCCACUCAGCUGCUUCCUCUCCUCAGGGCUGUGGUUUAGAGGUGAGGGGCCUGGUGAAGUUCCCUGCCGCCCUCGAGGUCUCUGGCCAUUCUUCUCACCCGCCAGCUGGUCUUCCAGCUGCUCCGAAGCUGGGAACCAACGGGCUGGCGCCGCCUCCACCAGGACUUGGGCACCUCGGACCGGAGGUGGCCUCAUCCCUGGGGCUGGACUCUGGGGGGCCUGGCCUCGGGUCUCCAGGCCGCUCACCUCUCUGCAUCCAGCCUCUUCCUGCCUCCCUCCCUCCCUUUGCCCGGGGCUAGAAAGGCCUUGCUCCUCCAGGCCUUCAAAGCCAAGAGCGCGGGGUUCCCCCCGACCGUGACCAUGACCCGUGACCACCCGUGACUGGGUGGUACAGAGAAAAGCCCCGCUGAGCCACCUCCUCCUCCCUUUCUCCCCCGGGGUGGUGGCGUGGAGAGCUGGACUUACGGUUACCCCGUCUCUUCCCGGACAAGAGGAGACCCAUUCACGAGUACCAGUGAUUUGCUUUUUCUUCGUUUCUCUCCCUGGAGCCAUACUUUAAAAACAGUCUCAAGAUUUUGAUUUCUUGGGAGAAAGUCCUGGGGCGAGGAGCAGCAUCCCCGGGAGUGGCCAGGGGGCCCGGCUUCCGGCAGUUGGUCCCUGUAGUUCCUGGAAAGAAAUAGGCGGUGGGGGUGGGGGGGGUCCUUUCUUCAAGGCCUGUGAGGUCCCUCGCUUAGAGACCAAAGUGAGACCCAAAAAGCAAAGAGGUCGUGGCUGCCCCAAGAUUCCUGCUCGCUAUGUGAAUUUCAGUGCUGACUUCAAACCAGAGAAGCAUCUUUCUUCUUUUAGGUGGAAAUAUAUAUAUUUAUUUUUUGUAAGUUAAACCAUUCUCUCACAUUGGAUAAACCAAGCGUUUCUUGGGGAUCUUUUUGUAAUGACUUAACACUGGAAACGUGAACUUUUGCAAAUAAUUUGCAGUAAAAAAAUAUUUUAUUUCUUUCUAAAA